UGUCAUGCAUGGGUGGACAGAAAUCCACAUUUUUUUUCUUCUUUUGUUGAGCUGUAGACAAUAAUGGGAUGUUCCAGCACUGUGCAUUUUCUAUCAGUCCGGGCUGUCGCUUUAAGACAACGAUAGCUUUGUGUCUGAUUAAUUCAAUGUACGGCGACGCGUUAGUGGAGAAACCUUAUUAGACUCGCAGCCACACAGAGAGAGAGAGAGAGAGGAGAGAGAGGAGAGAGAGAGAGAAGCACAAGCAGCCCUGCGCGCUGGAAGGAUAAUUAGGUUUAUUUUAAAGUUGCCAUUGAAUCGGGGGCGGUUUUUUUUUUCUCAAGAUGAAGACAUCUUGAGGAUUGGUUUUGGAGGAAUAAAAAAAAACUCUGCAUCAACGUGCACAAGAUCGGAGCGUUUUUAUUUUUAAUCACAACACAUCCGAUCAGAGGAGGAGGACAGAAGAUCGGGAGGCAUGUCGUCGGAAAAACACGGUCUUGAUGAGUCCGGCCGUCAGACCAUGCAGCCUCCUCCGUACCUCCCCGGCCCACAAGACCCCAACGUCCCCCAACAUCCCCAACAACACCCCCAACAACACCCCCAACAACACCCCCAACACCCUCAACAACACCCCAACAUGCAGCCAGCGCCGGGUACCCAACCCAACUACCCUCCUCCUCCACCGCCUCCAGGAUCGGAGGGAUACCUCCAAGAGACCCAGUUCCACUGCGGCCCGAUGGGACCUCAGGGAGCUCCGCAGGGCUACACGGUCCAGACGCAGGGACCCGGAGGCACCAUGCCUCACCCGCCUGUAGGAUACCUCCAUCCUGGUUACCCACUGCAGCUGCAGCCCUGCACAGCCUACGUACCCGUCUACCCCAUGGCAUCGGGUCAGCCCUACAUGCCCGCCGCGGGAGGCCACCCAGGGAUCCCAGCGGGUCAGAUUCAUCCCAUGCAGAUGCCCCCCAGCAUCACCCUGAUGGACCGCCGGCCGCCUCACGACUACCUGCCCAUCGCCGUGCUCACCACCGUCUGCUGCUUCUGGCCCACAGGCAUCAUCGCCAUCAUCAAAGCCGUGCAGGUGCGCACAGCGAUAGCCAGAGGGGACAUGGUGACGGCGGAGAUAGCCUCCCGUGAGGCGCGCAACUUCUCCUUCAUCAGCCUGGCUGUCGGCAUCGCCUCCAUCGUGCUGUGCACCAUACUCACCGUGGUUGUCAUCAUCGCCUCGCAGCACCACGACGACGAAUGGGAGCCGUAACUCCAACGCAGACGGGGGAAAUCACGGCACAUAGCCAACUACUCUCGAUCGUUUUUGAGGAUAUACCGUAGGAGCACUGACAAAUGCAACACAAACUGCUAAGGCGUUUCCUGCCCUCUGUGACCAACUACACACACACACACACACACAGCUCUGAGUUAACCUGCUGUCACACAACACACACCAACAACCAAACACAGCGUAUAUGAUGAAACACCAAAUACAAGAGCUGUUUAAUGAGGUCCAGAAUUUCCCUUUGCACUCAAAUAUGAGCCGCAAGAGGGAAACAAUGCUCCACACAUUAACAAUUAAUUUGAUGCUGAUUAUAAUAAGUUUUGAUUAUUUCACCAGAUCAGAGGAUAGGUGGCUGUGUGUUACAACAACAUCUGCUAAAUGCGCCCACACAGAUGUAUUUUUUUGAGUAGUUAAAUGCACAUUUAGUCUUAAAAUUAUACAUCUUUAAAAACAUUUUUAAAAAGUGCCAUGCUUAGUGACAAGUGUUGAUCAGGUGUUAGUGCUGAUUGCCCGGGUUAGAGGCGCUGCUCAAUACACAUUCUUACACACCAAAUCGAGACUGGAUGGACGAAGCGUCUAAUGUAACCAAACAAGAUUAUUUAUUUGAGAUUGGAUGUUUGUGAAUUAUUUGGUUUUUUUUUUUCAUUUAUUUAAAACUCUUAUUUAUUAAUUUAUUCAAUAUCUACCCAUGCACUAACGUUGUCUGCUAUAAUUUACAGUAUAUCAAUCAUUUUUCUUGCAGCUAUCUGACACUUUGCAAUUGGCUUAAAUUUGAUAUCUGAAGAUGUUGAUUUUGCACUUUGUAGUGACCACAUGAGAUGAUGCAGCUGCUUACAUUCAUAGUUCUUAUAGUGCAUGCUAAAUAUGAAUUUAAGCUAUUGGGCGUCUGGUGCAAAAAAAAAAAAAAAAAAAAAGCUUUUCUCCCAGCUGCUGGUGGGAAUAUUUCCAAAAAAAAAAUGUUGUGUGAAAUAGUAUUUUUCAAAACGUUUAAAAACGGCUGCUGUAAUAACAAGAAUAUCAAGGAGACAAUUUAGAUGAUAAGUAUUUGAAUUUAAUAUUUGCGAAUAUUUGUUUUUUGCAAGUAUUUUCAAAGUAGUGUAUUGGCCUAUUUUUUGUGUUGCACAUCUCUUAGCUAUUUAUUCAAUCAGACACUGUAUAUGAAACUUUUGUGCAACGUUAGACUAAUGAGGUAUCAUAACCCUGCAUGUGAUCCCUCACUUUGUUUCCAUUUGUCUUAAAUAUCAAGGCUGCGUGACGGCUCAGAGCCUUUUUCACUGUUGUGUACACAAAGCGUCAGACGGGGUUCACUCCAUGUGAGUUUCCAUGAUGUAGCGUUUAGCUCUGAGCAGUAGGUGUGCUACUGUUUGUAUGAGCCAUGACAAUACAGCGUGAAUAUUAUUUGGUGUUGCUGGGGUUACGGGAGAACAGAAAAUGAAUGUUUCCAAUAGAAGAGAGAAAGAGAGAGAGAGAGAAAAUAAUAAUGCCUAUACAGUAUUGUAGCACUUUCUGCUAUCUGAAAUCUGUCCCCUGGUUCCCAUUCUCUCUCUUUUUGUCUCCCCACAUGAGUUAUUGGACCUAUUAAUACCUCCCUCUUCCCCUUUCUCUUUUGCUCUGUUGUUUUUUUUUAAGAAUAAUAGAGAGAUAUUGAAAAAAUAUAUUGUUUGUGGACAAUGAACACAAAAAGAGACAGUAUAAAUACAGUUUAUUCUGUAGUUUAUGUUAUUAUCAAAGUCAUUAUUAUUAUUUAUUGCUAUUGAUGAUCACUUACGUAUAAUAUAAGGUACAGUGGACACAUCCUGGCCUGUAUUUAUCAAUUGUCAUUUACUUAUUAUACAUUUACAGUUAGUCGUUAUGCUGGGCGAUGAGUUUUUUCUGUACAAAUUGUUGAUGAUAUUCAUUUAAAGAAAAUAUUAUGGUCUGAAAUAUGUAAAUUAACUUAAAUUAAACAAUAUUUGAGAUAUUUAAAGAGUAUGAAAAUAUAAAUAUAGACAAAAAAAAAGAUGUAUGAUGUUAAAGCUGGACACAAAGAACAAGCUGGAGAACGGAGGAGCGUCUCCUACCAUCAGAGAUAACAGCUCAUAUAAGAGGCUCAAAAAUAUAUAUAAAUCUAAUGUCUAUGUCUAAAAGCACUUUACCCUGAGUUAUUAUUCUGAAUUUAUAAUUCAUAUCAGAUGAUAAUAUUUGGUAAAAUCUCUUCAUAAUGUCCCGGAAAUGCUACGAUUAGAUUUUACUACUCCAUCUAAACACUAAAAUAGAGUUUCAAUAAAUAGAUUUGAAUCUACAAGCAACUUUUUUAAAUUUAAAAAGAUAUUGUCUCCUUUUAGCUAAGACAAAGACUAACCCCUAAUCAAAUCUAUAGCCCACCUAGCACCAUUCAAUUCUUGUGUUUCCUCUUUGGGCUUAAAAGAAAUCUCAUCAGGGUGUGACAGGUGGUUGUUGUUACUUUUGGACAAAGCAGUCUAGCCCUUUUUUUUCAAAAAUUGCAGAGCUAAACUAACUAGCUUCAGACUGUAGCUAGAUUAGCCUAGCGUACACAUAUGAGAGUAGUCUUAAUCUUCUCAUCUGUGUCUUUGCAAGUAAAAUAAAUAAGCAGGCUGAAUCAUUUAUUUAAGAUGAGGAUGAAAAGUCAAAGAUGUUUUACUUCUAUCCAACACUUUACCCAAAAAAUGUACUUUUAUCAGUUUGAUAAAUACAGGCCGUGUCCUUCUGAUGACACGUUGAUAUUUCAGUGUUUAAAGAGUUAAUGAAGCACAGUGCUGUUUAGUAUUAUUAUUGUAGUUAAUAUCUAGUUAAUAUGACGCUAUAGGCUCCCUGUGUGCUUUCUAUUGGGACCUCUCUGUGACAUGAACCGCAGCUGUUUACCUGAACAGCUGACAGAUUUAUUCAUCAUUUCCCUUUUUAUUUCUUUUUUUUUUUACGUUUUGUUUUUUAUUUAUGAGCCUGUACAUGCGAUGAUUGGAUGCUUGUUCAAAGAGCCAAAAAAAAAAAAAAAAAACCUGUGUACAUGUGGUUCUCUUUGGGGUUUAUCUUUAUAAUAGGCUGAUUUUCAUGGCUGUGUUGCACAUGCAUUGGUUGUUUCUGACUUCAGUUGUUUGAGCGACGAAUAAAAGAAUAAUUUUUUGUUGAUGCA